AUGUGGAGGACACUUGCGAGUGCACUUAGAUCUAAACACAACAUAUGUUUAACUGUGGCAACGAGUGGAAUUGCAUCUUUGUUGUUACCGGAGGGAAGAACAGCACACUCGAGAUUCAAGAUACCCGUCCCUAAUUUGGAUAACUCAACUUGCAAGACUAAUUACAACGACGAUAAUGCGGAACUACUUCGGCAGGCUAAGUUGAUAAUUUGGGACGAGGCACCUAUGGCGAAUAGAUUUUGUUUCGAAGCACUUGACAGGACAUUGAGGGAUGUCAUGAGUACCUAUAACAAUUCCAAUGAGGUGUUUGGUGGAAAGGUAGUUGUGUUUGGUGGAGACUUCAGACAGAUUUUAUCCGUAAUAUCCAAGGGAAGUCGUUCAGACAUUGUCCACACUACAAUCAAUGUUUCCUACAUAUGGCACUCGGUUGAACAUGUCACCUUCUCAAUCUUCCUGACCUUUCAAGCUAAGUCGUCGCUAAUUCUCAAUCAUUGUAUCAUACCAAUGACGAUUAACAAAUCUCAAGGCAAUUCAUUAGAUUGGGUGGGCCUUUACAUUCCUCGGGACGUUUUCACUCAUGACCAAAUAUAUGUGGCACUCUCAAGGGUCACGACGAAGAAGUGA